GCCUGCGCUUCCUGGACCAGUGGAUUUGUGCUGCUGCUGGUGCCACCGCUGCUCUCCCUCCUCCUUAAAUGGUGUGGGCAGAGUGGGAUGGAAGACUGCAUUGGGAACCUUUUCAUGGAAAUGGUCUUUGCUGUUGGUAUUGCUGUAGCACCAUUCUGGUGACAACAUGCCGUUAAAAUGGAAAAGCGGUUCUCCCGUCAGCUGGAAAUUCCCAGUGCCAGUUCUUAAGACAUCCAGGUCCUCACCCCUUUCGCCUGCCUACAUAUCCCUCGUGGAGGACGACGACGCUCACAUGAAAGUCGCGCUGGGCUAUGGUGAAAUGGGCAUCUCUGCUCAUCUUCAGGCAUCAAAGACUGGAAACACUCGCUUUUUCACAAGCAAUACGCACAGCUCUGUGGUUCUUCAGGGAUUUGACCAGUUGCGAAUAGAGGGUUUGUUGUGUGACGUGACACUGGUUGCAGGAGAUGGAGACGAAGCUUUUCCCGUACACCGUGCAAUGAUGGCCUCCUCCUCCGACUACUUCAAAGCCAUGUUCACAGGUGGAAUGAAAGAGCAAGAUCUAAUGUGCAUCAAGCUUCAUGGAGUAAACCGAAUAGGCCUGAAGAAGAUCAUAGACUUUAUCUAUACAGCAAAGUUGUCCCUCAAUAUGGAGAAUCUGCAAGAUACGCUCGAGGCAGCCAGUUUCUUACAAAUCCUUCCUGUGCUGGACUUCUGCAAAGUAUUUCUUAUUUCUGGGGUUUCUCUUGACAACUGCGUAGAGGUGGGGCGUAUCGCCAACACCUACAACUUAACCGAGGUGGACAAAUACGUCAACAACUUCAUCCUAAAGAACUUCCCCUCUCUGCUGGGCACGGGGGAGUUUGUCAARCUCCCGUUCGAGCGGUUGGCUUUUGUGUUAUCCAGUAACAGCUUGAAACAUUGCACUGAGUUGGACCUGUUCAAGGCUGCGUGCCGCUGGCUACGCUUUGAAGACGGGCGUAUGGACUAUGCCUCAAAGCUCAUGAAGAAUAUCCGUUUUCCCCUCAUGAACCCGCAGGAGCUCAUCAAUCAYGUACAAACUGUGGACUUUAUGCGCACAGAUAACACUUGUGUCAACCUCCUCCUGGAAGCUAGCAACUACCAAAUGAUGCCCUAUAUGCAGCCGGUCAUGCAGUCAGAACGGACAGCCAUUCGCUCUGACAGUUCCCACCUGGUCACGUUGGGUGGUGUCCUACGCCAGCAGCUAGUUGUGAGUAAGGAGCUGCGUCUCUUUGACGAGAAGGCCCACGAGUGGAAGGCGCUGGCACCUAUGGACGCGCCUCGCUACCAGCACGGCAUCGCCGUCAUCGGCAACUUUCUUUAUGUUGUGGGUGGCCAAAGCAACUACGACACCAAAGGCAAAACGGCCGUGGACACAGUGUUUCGGUACGACCCUCGCUACAAUAAGUGGAUCCAGGUGGCGUGCCUUAAUGAGAAACGGACCUUCUUCCAYCUCAGUGCUCUCAAGGGACACCUUUAUGCUGUCGGUGGAAGGAAUGCUGCUGGGGAGCUUGCUACUGUGGAGUGCUACAACCCAAGGACAAAUGAAUGGACGUAUGUUGCUAAAAUGAAUGAACCACAUUAUGGCCAUGCUGGGACGGUGUAUGGUGGUUAUAUGUACAUUUCAGGGGGAAUCACUCACGACACGUUCCAGAAGGAGCUGAUGUGCUUCGACCCCGACGCGGAUAAAUGGACUCAGAAGGCGGCCAUGACGACGGUGCGCGGCCUCCACUGCAUGUGCACGGUGGGCGACCGGCUCUACGUGAUCGGGGGCAAUCACUUCCGCGGCACCAGCGACUACGACGACGUGCUCAGCUGCGAGUACUACUCCCCCGCCCUGGACUUGUGGACUCCCAUCGCUGCCAUGCUGCGAGGCCAGAGCGAUGUGGGCGUGGCCGUGUUUGAGAAUAAAAUCUACGUGGUGGGGGGCUACUCAUGGAACAAUCGCUGCAUGGUGGAAAUCGUACAGAAAUACGACCCGGAGAAAGACGAGUGGCAGAAAGUUUUUGACUUGCCCGAGUCGCUAGGCGGGAUCAGAGCCUGCACGCUCACAGUUUUCCCCCCUGAUGACAUGUCGGGCUCGCCCUCCAGAGAGUCCCCCCUCUCAGCACCUUGAUGAGUAUAGAGGGGGGUGGCCCYGUUUGCUCAUACCCCCUUAACCCUGCCCCUUUUCCUUAAUCUACUCAACAAACACACCUUAUAGACAUUGUUUGCACUUCUUCUUUGGACAUCUGUACUGCAUCCCUAAAUAUCCUGAACUCCACGUCCCCCAAAGCUGUGCAGAGACCCCACCCCUGAGUGAAUACAUAGCGACAUGGUUGGCAACCUAAUUACGUGUUGAUGUUGCGUACUCGGUAUAUUUUGUCAGGAAAUACCUUUUACUUGAAACUUGACUUUGCAAAUCAACUUUUCUACCUGAUGUCCACAAAGUUUUCUUACGUCACAUUUCCUCUGGUGUUCUACCUUUUAUGGCGUUAACUACCACGUGACUCUUCUAGCCUACGCCAGGUUAAGUGCAGGUGACCCCCCACCCCCCACCCUCCAGAAGAGAGAGGCGUAGUGACGAWUGAGCCCUGAAACGGAUGGUUUUUAACUCAGGGGUUGGCCCUGGCCCCUAUUACACUUUCAGUUUUGUUUUUUGUUUUUUUUCCUGCUGUUUGUUUGAAACUGUUAACGAGAUGGUGUUUUUUAAAUUUAAUAAACAUGACUUUGAAAAUA